CUUCAACCUCCAUAAAGCAGUUCGCGUGGAGGGCUUUUGUUGUAGCCUCUCGUGCUGUUCGCGAGCGUUCACUGAGGUCUGACCAAAAGCGCUAAUCUGACAAGCGUGUGGACACAGCAUCACACAGACUCCAUGGGUUUAUAGAUCGAUGUUUUUUUAUUCAGGUCAUCCUCCAGCAUCGCGCUGACACUCACCAACGUGCUCUGCUCCCAAUGUUUACUUCUCCGGCAUGUCUUCUCCAGCCAGGGAAAAGUAAUGCUGUGGUUUAUUCAAUUUUUUUUACGACAAGCAUCGUGAACAGAUAUCAUGUUUGCACGAUACGUAUUUAAACUGCUGUACUGAUAAUGCACUAGCUGGUAGCAGUUUGAACAGUUGGACAGCUUCCUCUCUCGGGCAGCGAGCUGUUGUCGACAAUUGCAGAUCCUCUCCGGCUCCAUGAUGGCGAUGUUUCGGAGCUUUGUCUCGGCGAGCACCCAGCUCAGGCAGCAGCAGCAGCCGCCGAACAGCGGCUCAGGCUCGCUAGCAGCUCCGGCGGAGAGCAUCGAGAGUCAGUUCUCCUGUCCCAUCUGCCUGGAGGUCUACCAUAAACCCGUCAGCAUCGCCAGCUGUGCUCACACGUUCUGCGGGGAGUGUCUGCAGCCAUGUCUUCAGGUGACCUCCCCCCUCUGCCCUCUCUGUCGGGUCCCCUUUGACCCCAAGAAAGUGGAGCGCUCCAGCAGCGUGGAGAAGCAGCUGGCCUCAUACAAAGCUCCCUGCAGGGGCUGUAGCAAGAAGGUGGCUCUGGUAAAGAUGAGGUCCCACAUUGCUUCCUGUUCUAAAGUCCAGGAGCAGAUAGCCAACUGUCCCAAGUUUGUCCCUGUGGUACCAACCUCCCAACCUAUACCAAGCAAUAUUCCAAACCGGUCAACAUUUGUGUGUCCGUUCUGUGGAGCCAGAAACCUGGACCAGCAGGAACUGGUGAAGCACUGUAUGGACAACCACCGUAACGACCCCAAUAAAGUGGUGUGUCCUGUGUGUUCAGCUAUGCCGUGGGGAGACCCCAGCUAUAAGAGCUCCAACUUCCUCCAGCAUCUCCUCCACAGACACAAGUUCUCUUAUGACACCUUUGUUGACUACAGCAUUGAUGAAGAGGCAGCACUGCAGGCAGCUCUGGCACUGUCACUGGCUGAAAACUGACACAUCACCACCACCCUGUCACCGUUAGCACCCACUCCACCUUAUCCCUCUGCACUGCUGCUGCUCCUCCAUGGCUCAGAAGGUAUCAUCCACCCAGCGAACACACCUGAUCCCGCCAGGUUCACAGAGUUUCUUCAGAGAUCCACAUCACAGAGAAGUGCAGCUGACUUUGGAUUUGGUGAUGCCCUCACGCCAGGGAGUUUCUCCUGGUGUAGCAGUGCAGCCAGUCAUUUAUCUUUUCACUGAUCCGUUUGGAUUUGAUGUUUUGAAGACAAAACAUUCUGUGGGUUUGGAAUAGAUCCAAGACAAGCUACUUAAAGUUGGACACCACCCAUGGCUUGGAAACAGUCCAUCCACUCACAGCGUCAGUGCACCUGACGGCAGCCAUCUGGACUACCAGUCACAGCAUGAAGGGCUAACUCCAUGGAAAAAUGUCUCGUCUGUGAGUUUGAAACAUCCUGAAGCAUGCUGACUCUAAAACCCCCAUCACUGAUCCAGGUCUUCACAGGAUCACUAGUCGCUGACUGCUGGUACUCACUGUGAGUAACUAGGUUGAUGCUCAAUCUGUUAAAAGGUGAGCAGGAGUUAAUAUACAGUAGUUAAAAUAACUUUAAAGUCCAAAACACCAUGAAUCAAUAACAUCACUUCACUAUCAACUCCACAAAUGAAUGCACCUGUUAUAGAGCUGAUAUGAUAUUUUGUACUUACCAGACAAAACAAAAUCACAUCAGUAAUAAAAGCAGCAGCAGCAGCUCGUUGGCCUUUUACACACAGGAAGAGUUCAUUCUGUUGCUCCGGCUGUCAGGUGACCUGUUGACUGAGCAUUGCAUGGUAACACCUGCAAUAGUACUGUCCAUGUCAACAUCUUCUAAUGGUCAUGCUCAUUAGGUUAGAGGUGAGGAUGCCCUGCACCCUGUACACGUACCAGCACAUCAUGCAUGGGGAGGCUAAAACUCCCUGGAUUUUAAUAGAACAAAAUAAGGCUGUAUGCUCAUUUCAUUCUCUGGCCUUAUAGUUUCACUUCAGUAACCUGAUGGAAAAGGCAGAACACACUGUCACACCUGAUGUGGGUGUGUUAUGAAUAUUCUGCCUGCACUGUUCAUAUUUGACAGGCAGACAAAUCUCUUCUCCAUUAUCUGGAGAGACUCUGUGUUGAGUAGCUACAACAGAAUGUAUGUCACUGUUGUAUGAUGUAUUAAAAGAUAAAUGUGGAUAGUUAUGAGGUACAGAUACGAUAAUGACAGAGAAAUAUCACAGUAUUUUGGAGACUCUACUUAAAACAGUGUUAAUGUAAAGUAAGUUCCUGAACCCUACCAUGUCUCUUCAGAGUAUGAUUAGGAAUACAGUAUAUUGCAAUUCAAAUUCCUUUUAUUACACUUUUUGAUUUCAUAUUGGUAGUCUGUGUGCACACAAAAAUGGAAUUCGUUAAAUAAGCCACUUAAGAAAUGAAAUACAGAUUUGGGAGAUGAAGGACUGAAAUGUUUCUCCACAGAUUUCUGUCAGCAACUGGAGGUGAGAGUGAAGCUGAUGGAUCUCAGUGGUGGACUGAUGUCUGACAGAUAAACUAAUGUGAAACUGUGAUGAGGUUCAUGAUGUUAGGAGCUGAGAUGAAUGUUAGAGGGAAAAUCCACACAGCUUAAUUUGAUUUACCUCCACCUUCCAGUUAACUGCCAGCUUUGCACACAUUGCUGUAUCACACUGCUGUGAAACUGAAGGCCUUUGUGUCUCCCACUCUGUCUCUCAACAGUCUUUCUCCAACAUAACCUGUAUUUUAUUUUUGCUAAUGCAUAGAAAAUAAUCUGAAGACCAAAUCAUUUUCAGAAAGCAUCAGCAUAAUAUUUCCAUAAACAUUGAGGGCAGACUUAAGCCUUCUGCAUACAUGUGACAGUAAAUUUAAUCUUCUCCCCAUAUACAUGAUGUCUAUGCGGACUGUCCAUACCAGCAAACAUUUAAACACAUCAGUCUAUGCAGACACCCAGUGACAUAGAAACUGAACCACGUCUUUGUCCAUGUAGAACUACGUCUGGCCCUUUAGCCUCUUCUAGCUUCUUUCUAAAACGGUCUAAAAUCUCCCCCAAACACACAAACUCCUCAUUGUCAUCUCAGUGCUUUGCCCUAAGGCUUAUUCACAAGAUAAAGAAAUAAAAGAAGUGUAGAGUAAGAGUGUUGUGGAAACUUCACCUUGGCACAGGGAUGGUGGUGUGACUGGUCAGGCACUGAGAAAUUAUGGUCAGACUUAAUGUCAAAUGCGCAUGGCAGGUUGUCAGACUGGGCGAUGUAAAAGCUACUCCAGAGGGCGCAGCAUUGCUAGAAUAAUCAGGUUUUCCGUUGUGGAUUUCUAAUAAUCCACUAUCUUAACUGAACUCACUGUUCACUGCAAUAUUUGUCAGUGGACUGCAGCAGCUGGCGUCAGGAGCUGAAAAUAUAAAACAGUCCUUUAACCAGAUCCCAGACUGACUGAAUGCAUUGGUAAAGUGACCCCAAGCCAAAUAUGGAAGUGUUAACGUUAACAGAGCUGUCAGAGACAGCCAUCCAAACCUGUGUGACAAACUGAUCAGUAGUCUGUCCUGUUUACUGUGAUGUUGAACUAUUCGCAAACGUUAAGAUGAUAAAUUGGUAUAUUGGUCAUAGUCAUGACACGGCAACACCAAAAGGAAGCUUCACAGGCUGACAUCUGAUUCAAAUCCUGGAAGCUCAGCCGUGGCUCAUAAAUUACUGUCCAAAGACAAUAGAGGGACCUCAAGAGAUGGCAGGUAAAUAAAAACAGACUUGAGAGCUUCAUGUGCAGUUUAAAUGGAUCAAACUGCACCAAUGAAGGAAGCAGGGAUCAUUUGUCAUCAGCUCAGAAUGCCAGUAUUACCAUCUUGAACUCCAUAGUAUAUAAACGUUUACAGUAAAAGACAUUAGCACUACAUUCACCCCCCCCCCCUUGAAGCAAAAUCAAACAGUUCCUAUUUUUUAUUCUUGUGAGUACCUGCACUUGUCAGCAUUUUUUUUCUACCAGAUUGAUCUGUAGAUAUUGUUGGAAAAACAUCAGAAGGGAUGGAAAUGCUGAACCCCCAUUUUACUCUUAUCUGCUUCUUCAACACUUGCUACAAGGAAUAUUUUUAUGAUGUAUCUGCCAAGAUAGAUGAGUAAAAAGAUAUAUUUUUGGAAAAUGUUUCCGUUUCAAACCACAGGACUAAUAUCAGACAUGGGUCGAAUAUGUGUCUGCAACUUUACGGGGACAAUGAAGUUGAUUUACAAACUUGAAUUGCUGUUGAAUUGCACACACACACACACACACACACACACACACACACACACACACACACACACACACCAGAAACACAUACAGGACUGGAGAGAAUGGGUCUGGUUUAACACAGAUGUUUUCUAUGGUUUGACCAGUAGAUGGCAGUCCUUCUCCAGAUGUGCAGAGCCACAAUGAAACAAACACUCAUAGAAUAUCAUAUACACAUCAAAUCAUGAUUGUUAUGAAGGCAGGUUGUGGAGAAAAGAGAAAAGGUAACUUUGGUAAUGUUUCCACGGAAGGAUACAUUCAUCAUUUGCACUUUAAUUCAUUCUGUUUUUUAAAUAAUAGUUGGAAUUCUUUUUGUAUAAUCUUAACUCUUUAAUGAUUUUGCAAUUAAAUUCCACAGCAGAAUGAGUGUUUUGUUUAAAAAAGUUGACAAAGAUCUUGUAAAUUGUAAAAGGUGUCAGGGGUUAUAAGUUAUAUGAUAUAAAGUGUACCAUUAGUUUUGUUUGUGUGACAAAAAUUUCAAAUAUUUGUUGACUGAAUACUUAAUUUUAAAUGGGCAGCAUGUGCCAUUUCUUUUCUUCCAAUAAUGUUUUUGUGGUAAAAAAAAAAAAAAAGAAAAAAGAAAAAAAAAGUGGAUUGACUGGGAAUGCUGAUUAUGCAACACCAGAGCUGACAUGCACACAGUAAAAACAUGUCAGAAUGCAGGAGUUGUAUGGAGGAUGAAUAAGGCCAUGUGAAGAAUACAUUUAAAAAAUAAAAAUAGGUAUCCCACUUUAAUGUCACUAUGUUUCUACUUGGCAUUCAUGUCAGCUGAAAUUUAAGACAGCUGUAUGAUUGCAGAGUUGGCCACGUGAGGCUAUUUACAAUAUAGCACAACAUUCUUAAAAUUGGAUUUAAUUAUCUUGAAAGACAGACUUUGGCUGGCAUGAGGGGUCCACGUUUGUUUGUUUUUUUGGCAUUUAUAUAUUGGAUAUAUAUAGCUCUAUAAAAAAAAAGAGUUUUUAAAAAAAGAUGAGUUUCCCUGUCGUAAUUCUGACUUGGAUGUUGACAUAAACAUGAAGCUACAUUUGAAACUGGUUAUGGUAACUCCAAUGUGACAUGAACGCAGUAUCUUAGAAUUCUGUCUGAAUUCAAAGAUUUAAGUAUAAUAAAAGGAGUGUUCGGACUUUACACAAAGAUAAGUUGUGCUUGGGAUUAGAACAAAUUUGACCACUACUGUUAUACAGACCUUGUUUAUUCACCCCAAACAGCUAAUAACAGACUGUGCAAAAGUUAGCUGUAGCUACCUAGCAAAGUAUGCACCACACACGUGCCUGUGCUGUGUUUGUGUGACAAUUUAGCCUCUGUCUGAUCUCAAAACUCAUCAGUAUCCAGUUCUUUCUGUUAAUUUCCCACCAGACAUACUGUAUCUAUACGGUAUUUUUUUAGUCUCUGUACAUUCAUGAAUUAUAGCUAUUAAACCUUGGGAUAAGUGCAGUUUUUUUUUCAUGUUAAGACAUUUUCAAAACGCAUAGACAUGCUUCUUCAUCUUAAUUUGCAUCUCCCAGGGCAAAGCCAUGUAUUCUCACAUUUUUGCAUUGACUUAAAAAAACGGCUGUAUUUGCUUCAACUUCAGUCUGAACACAUCUUUAGAUACUGAAAAAUUCUUACGAAAAAGUCGCAAUUCUGACUUUAAUCCCAGGUUUCAAUGUUUUUUUUGAAAAUUUAAAAAAUGAUAAUUAAUAUUUUUAGCACAUUAACAAUUAAAAGAUAGGUCUCUAAAAAAGGUUCUUUUCAGCAUUCAUAUGUUGCUCAAAAUAUAAAUGGUAAACUGUUUUUAUGUUUGAUUUGGUUUCAACCCCCUUGCCUCAUACAAACAAUUGUUUCUUCAGUUCGGUGUCAUAAUUUUUAUAUUCAUGUUAAAAUAGCAAUCUUUUACAAGUGUUUAAAACUUGUAAAGUCGCAGCACUCUUUUUACCUCUGUAGCAGAAUUCUUGGAUUCUUAUUUUGUUCAAAUUUGUGUACCCCAUGUUUAUCUGCUUCUCUCUAACUCUUGGUUGAACACAUUUCCCCAUGAAAUGUAAAUAAUCUGUUUUUGUGCUGUUGCUUUUAAUAUUUUGUGAAACUGUCACUGCUUGUCACUAGUCAUCAUUAAAGACAGUCAAGUUACAGUAGCUCAACAGUCACAUACACAGUGAACAAAAGGAGAAAAGCAAAGUGUGUUUAACUGUAGCAAACUGUAGAGCUUUGUACUAGAUCACUUUUAACUACAUUUGAUGCAAACAUGGAGGAGCAGGAAAACUGUCUGGCUUGCAAGGAUUAAAGGAGAGGUUAAGGACAGGUGAACCUGAAAAUGCUAUGCCAUGUAGCAUUUUCAGGUUCAGUUGAAGCUAACAUGAGGCUUGAGCAGUCUGAGUUAGUCAAAUCAGCUGGGUAUCUUAAUCCUAGCCAUUCGCUUGUACGUUUAUUGUCUGUGUGUAUCCCUCUGCUGGGGCUCUGUGAGGAAAUAUGAAGAGGGCAUUAAAAAAGGACUAGUUAGUCCUUUAAAAGGACUAACUUUGGAAAAGCUUGAUUUGGCUAAAUCAGACUGACAAACUUGUUAUUAGCUUAAAAUGUGUUUUUGCACACACAAGGUCUGUGGAUAUUGUCCCCCACUUCAUAUAGUGGGGUUGUGCUAUGAAGGGCAUAUGGAAAGGAGGAACUAUUCCAGUGACGAGUAACACUUUCAAGUCUAUCCUUAAAUAUAGUGAUGUGCAAGCUGUUAGCUGGCUAGCUAACUAAUUAAAAUUAGCCUGCUAAUUACAUUAUCACAACCACUGUUGCCCCAUAACCAAACACCUCCAACUUCACCAAGUGUAGCCUGCUUGAACUGAGACAACAGCUGGCUAACAGAGUGUCAAGGAUUGACUGGGCCAAGUUGGACUGAAUUUUACCUGAUCAAACCUGAUGUCAUAUCUUGCCCUACCAGCUGCUUUAAAGGGGCACUCCACAGAUUUUACAUAUUCAGGUCAAUGUACUCAUCACAAUGAGUCAAGUCUGAGAAAAUAACCCUGAUGAUGUCAUAUGAUGUCAUCAAGAUUAUAUUAGUUUAGGUUUAGGGGCUAAAAAAUUAUAACAGCCUGUACUACAAACUGCUACAAAAAGCUAUGGGUGUCUACCAGGCUGGCAAGGUCUGCUGAAUGCUGUCGAAAUGUAGGGUUUUUUUAAUACUGUCUCUAUUAUACAAGUUCCCCAACUGUAAGGACAUGCAAUGCUAAAUCACUGCAAUGCCCCUGUAUAAAUUACUUUGAAUUGGCCAGAAAGACAAACACACCACAACACUACUGAAAACCAGCCAGAUGUCAUGGGAAGUUGAAAGUUUUACUUUUUCAUCAAUGAAGUACAAAAGGGAAACAGAAAGAAAGUAAGAGGGAAACCAUGACAAGAACCCCAAACACUGGACUAAAGCAAACUGUGUGCAAUAGAUGUAAAGAUUUAUAGUACUGUUACAAAAGAAACACACAAGAGUAUAAACUAGAUUAAAGUCUAUUCAGGCAAAAUUGAUCCAUCUCCUCAAUCUGAAGUCAAUUUCACUGAGGUAGUAUUUGUGAAGACAGUUUGAAGACAAAUGUGGUUAACACCUUAUUUUAACCUACAUAUAUACUAUAUUUAGCUUCUCUAAACACUAUAUAAACAAUUAAUACACAUUAUAGUGUAGUUGUGUGUGUGUGUGUGUGUGUGUGUAUCCAUCCAUUCAUUCAGUCAUUCUUCUGUUUUUCGAAAAACAAAGUACUUCACUGAUUUGUCCUCCUGCAACUAUGAAUUAAUUUCCAAGAAUGUGCUGUUGGACAUGAUUAUUUAUACAACAAAAUCAGUGUGUAUUUUCUGCUGAUCAUAAUUGUGUACUGUACAUUUAGAUCCGGGGUCUUUUCUGAGAAGCAGGAUUACUGAGUUAUCUGGAUAACUUUGUUGAGUAAAACCUGGAACCUCAGAAAACUAGAACAUGGACUGAGUGUAAAAAGGCCUCUGUGGAUGAUGCAGCCAAGUUAUCCAGAUAACGCAGUAUAAAUUUGAAUCAUGCACUGAUAAAUACUUGUAGUAUUUGUUAAUAGUCAUAGUUGAUUACCAUUCAUAAACCACUUAUUAAUUGUUUAUAUAGUGUUUAUAAAUGCUAAAUAGGGGAGUUAAAAUAAAAUGUUACCCAAAUGGGCAAAGUGAACAGAUGUAAAUCCAGAGUCUGGUCAGUGUGAUUAAUAUGCAUUCUCUCUACACAUAGUAAUAAUAUCAAUAAAAAGUGCUUGCAGUGACACUGGUGCUGGAGAUGAUGAUGAUGAUGAUGUCUGGGUUUUCCAGCUGUUGCACUGUUUGGGUUUUAUCAAAUCACUAUAAAACUUAGGAUGUUUUGUAGCAUUUUUUUUUUCUUUUCCUCUGAAAUAA